AUGUUGAGUUGGCGUGGACCGCCACCGUCAAUAAAUGUAAAGGGAGUAUAUGUCGCCCGGGGAUCGAUCGAUAUUGAGACGCUCUCGCACGCGGCAACUGCCCGAAUUCGUGUGCGGCAGCUACAUGUUCAUUUUCAGUUGGUAGUUCAGUUGUUAAGUUUUCGCACCGCAUGUGGCAUUAUGAUUACCUUAGACGAUGAGCCGAUGGCUAACAAUUGCAGUAUGAUUACCUUAGACGAUGAGCCGAUGGCUGAUAAUUCUGAAUCGCCUAAGAACAAAAUACGUUUGUCGCCUGUCGGUGAAAUGGAGCAUUCGUCGGUAGUACAUGUUCAUUCUUUCUUAUACAUGAAAAAAAAUUCUUUAUCAGCUAGCUUUCUUGCUUCUCUCUAUGUACCAGUAAGUGUUAAAUCUUCUGACAGUUUCUUUGUUAUCUUUCAGAUGUUAAAGAAUUCAUAUAACAAUUCGAUCUCAGACUCUUCAAAACAUCAUACUAAUAAAUCAAAAGGGGUAGUCAGGAAUGGUAUUUCUGUCAGCGAAGGAUGUGUUAUGGAUACUUCGUCCCAUCAAGAGAAGACGAGUAAUGGAGAUUGCAUGAAACCAACUUCUUCGGGUGAAAACGGUUAUGGAAACAGUUUUGAUAGAAAUGAUUACGAUGAAGUACAGAUUAUAGAUAACGAUAUUAUAAUUGAAGGUGAAACAUGUGCAGGAGGAAAAAAUAAACUCCUUACUCUCUCAGAAAACUUUUCUACCAAGCUAUCAACCGUUGAAUGCAUAGAAUUAGAUGACGAUGAUGACACGGAUCUAAGCAGUCAACCUCCAUCAAAAAAGAAAAAAUUGAAAUCACUGGAUCCAGAUAGCCCGGUUCAGGUGGGUGUGAAGAAACCGGAAUUAACUAGUGGUGGGGCGUUGUUAGACAAAUUAGAAGAAUAUGUAAAAGAAGCAAUCGAUAAUAACAUAAAUGUAGAUCGAAAAGUUUUGGAUGCGUUAUUAGGAGCGAUUAAUAUUCAAGUUCAACGUGAGCCAUUAUCAGUUCGAAAGCUAAUACUGGAUAAACAAUUAGUCUUACCAAACACAAUCAGUUUUCCACCAUCGCAGGUUGUCGAUUUACUGAUUGAGCACGAUCCUGAUGCACCCUUAUCAAAAGUUAUUGGACGAAUGUUUGGUGAUGAAAGGCCGAAGCUUUCAGAGGCUGAAAAACGCGAACGCCACUUGUUGAAACUAGGGCAUCCUGCCCCACACAUGACUAAACUACUAAUGGAUAUCGGACAAGAUCUUGUUCAGGAAUCUACGUAUUCUGAUAUAGUUCAUGCAAAAAAUUUGCCUGAAACCCCGAAAAAUAUGGAAACAUAUAAACAGGCUUAUUUCUCUUCAAUGGUCGCGCAGCAGCUUAAGCCGGUGUGGGAAGCCUUGAAAAAAAAGAACGAGCCAUAUAAAUUGAAACAGUAUAGUUGUCAUCUUUGUAACUUCCGUACCGAAUCACGGAUUGUUUUAUCAAUGCAUCGACAAACACCACACUUUGACGGAAGAAAAUAUCAGUGUGCAUUGUGCCCUGAAUUUUUCACUAAUGAAAACAUGAUUUCGCAGCACUAUAUAAAAGAACAUAAUGUAGUUGCUAGGAAAGAAGAAACAGCUCCUCGAAACCCUUGUCCAUUAUGUAGCGAAGACUUUAUUUACAAAGGACAACGAGAUCAGCAUUUGAAAAUCUGUCGUAGAGAUCUCAGUAAAGUUCGCUUAAUAAUGGCUCCAAGGCAUCCACAAGAUAUUAGCGCAAUUAACCAUUGGUUGUGGGAUAAACCUCCAGUUGAUCCAACAAUACUGCAACAGCAACAAGUUGCACAGCGGCAGCAUGUUGAAAAGUUACAGCGUGCUCAGUUAGCGCAGCAACAACAACAACAGCAACAGCAGCAACAACAGUUACAACAUCGGCGAAAUCAAACUGCUGUGUCUGGCCCAGCUCUUUUAGCAGCCCAGCAACAACAAGCAGCACUUCUUUUACAGCAGCAAAGGAUCAGAGCCGCACAGGCGGUAGCUCACCAUCAACAGCAGGCCAAAAUGUCUUCUUUGAUUGGUAAUCCUAGUCUUUUAGCAGCAAUGCAGCAGCAACUACAGCGCGCUGCCGGUAUUCGUACUCCAUUAUCUUUAUUCGGACAACGAAAUGUAAGUGCUGGAAUUCGUGGUUCAUCUAUAGCCGCUCAGCAGGCAGCUGCUUCUUUAGCCGGGCGUAUUAGGGCCCCUCCUCAGAUUUCUACGUCGCGUUCACAGCUGACGGGAGUUAUGUGUUCUGGACAUAAUAGCAAUGUAUGCGAAAUCUGUGACCAGAAUGUCCAAGAUAGAGAUCGAUAUCUAACCCAUUUACAGCUGUUUCACAAGCAGAUGCGUGGAAAGAAUUCAGCAGAUAUGCAACAGGGUGCACCGCUUGCUUGCAGUCGAUGUCGGGACAGAUUUUGGACAUAUGAAGGGUUAGAGCGACAUUUGGUUAUGUCACAUGGGCUUGUUACAUCGGAUCUCUUAACCAAAGCUCAGAAAAAAGAAGAUGGUGGACGUUGCAAGCACUGUGGCAAGCAAUAUGCGUUCAAUAUGCUGCAGCACUUAGUGACGGAUCAUCAGGUAAAAUUAUGUUCAGCUGAAAUAAUGUAUAGCUGCGAUGUUUGUGCCUUCAAGUGCAGUAGUUACAAUAAGCUGGAAGUACAUUUGAACUCCGUACAUCCCAAAAAUCCUGUGCAAAACCCUGGUUUGAACGGUGCAGCUGGCGCACCGCCUGGUAAAUGA